AUUAUCACCCUUAACCACUGUGCAAGAUUCCAAAACGCCUUCCCUCUACGUUGUUCCCCUAUAAAUUCCCUUCUCCACUAGGUUCUAAUUCCCUUUCCUCCUCUCCUUCUUCCUUACUGAGCUUCCGGCAAACUGCAGCUUCUGCCUUUUUGCUGCUUAAUUUCUUCCCCUUUUCAAUCUUCUAUCCCACUAAACUUUUGCUGGUCUCUCAAUCAAAAUUAACCAGGAGUUAAUCCAGAAAAGCAGCACCGUCUGUUUGACAGAAUAAAGUUUGCUCCUUCCUGCUUCAAUCUGUUCCGGGGGAAGUUCUGCCAAAUUCGUCCCCAAAAAAUAGAGUUCUCCCAAUCAAAACCUCUCCAAAACCCGGCCUUUGCUCGAAUUCUACUGUCAAAAUCCAACCUUGCGGCAAAGUUCCUGCCUUUGGUUUGCUCACAUGCAUCAUAAAUUUCUCUUGACGUUCCUAAUCGAUGUCGCCAAUCAUAAGUGAGAUUCUCCUCUCUGGGUUUAUGAUCCAUCCUGCAGUACUCCGGCGCAUGUCCCAUCUCGUCCAGUCCUUCUCCGUUGUCUUCCUCUACUGGUUCUACGUGUUUUCAUGAACUUUCUCAAAAUCUAGUGCGCUAGCAAUCAAAAUUCUACCAGAGAAAAAAAAACAAUUAAUAAUUAAAAAGCGUUUUAAAAUAAUUCAAACUGUGAAAGGCCAAAGUAGCUUCCAUGGCUUCUCCUCCCAGCACCGUUACUAGUGAUUCAGGAUCCGGCCUGCUCCAGAGCUCCAUCUUCGAAGAGAACCUGGAGGCAGUGCUGGAUCAGAGGAAGCAGAGGCGGAGGGUCUCGAACCGUGAGUCCGCGAGGAGGUCGAGGGUGCGCAAGCAGCAGAGGUUGGAUGAUCUGAACUCGCAGUUGCAGCACCUGAGGCGGGACAACGCCGAGGUCCUGGCGUCCUUGAGCCUCGUCACGCAGCGCUACUUUGAAGUGGACAGAGAGAACUCUGUGCUCAGGAUUCAGUCGAUGGAGCUCGGGAACAGGCUGAUGUCUCUCGCUGAGAUCCUUCAGUGCUGCUUCAAUGGCUCCCGUCGUCUUGACGGCUUCAUCAGUCCACAGAAUUUGAUGUGAAUGAGUCAAGAAACAGGCCAUGCAUGGCUUCAAGAAUGAGACAAAAAGGCGAAUGGUUUCUACUGAUUGAUGUAAUAAUUGGCCACUGUACUGGCACUUGGUGUUCAUUUGCUGUUU